CCUCUCUUUUCCUCCCCCUCCUACAAUACACAACCCUAUCUCCCUUCUCACUUGCCCACCACAAUCGAUCUCCAACCCCACACAAACCCACCUGAUCCGAUGAAAUCCGUUUCCAGAACGCCGGUGAGAAGAAACGACGGCGGUUGUUUCCACCGUUACCUGAAGCCAGGGGUUCUCGCUCAGAUCCGUGACUCCAGAAUCAACGCGAGAUCUAACUCGCUCGUCACCCGCUCUUCUGCGCAACGACUCGACUCGUCCAUGCCCUCUCCGGGUAGCCCUUCGCGAGCAACUCCGCAGAUUUUGACGAUUGAUCAUGUUCCCGAUCUCUUGUGCAAGAUCUACGGACCUUGUAGCCUCCGGAGGAAGAAGCUCGUCGCUGCUAGAUCCAUGUCGUUGAUGGACUUGAACGCUGCUUCAAGUACUCUGCUCGAAUCCGUCGGUGGUAAUAGCAGUGUAUUGAAUAAUGAUGCGUUAGUUUCUCACUGAAUUAAACGUAGUUGAUAAUGGAUACCUUCUGUUCUUGUUGUAGAUUGCUUCCCUUAUUUGUUAGCUGAUCCAAUUUGGUAAAAACUGUCAAUUUUUCUUGAACGGUAUAGCUCCGAAUAGAUUUUACAUAGAUUAUGGUUUCGAUA